AUGCCGAGGACCAGACCUAGGCCAAAUUCUGUCCCUGGGAUCUUCUCCUUGCCUGGGAUCCUCUCCUUCAUCCUAGGGGCCCUUCUCUUCCUGGUUCUCAUCAUCCUGGUGACUCAGCGGCACAGAUGGAGAACAAAGUGCAGAGCUCAGAGAACUAAUAAUAUUCCUACUGAGGAUUACGAUGAUGAAGAUGUACCAGUCCCUGAGGCUCCUCCUGCCUCUCAGCUGAGCGAGGGAAAAGUGCCUUCAGAGGAGGAGAAUGGGAUGAGGGCCUCUCAGACAGGCUCCUCUCUGCACUUCUCUAGAGGAGCAGCUGAUCCCGGGAAGGAGAAUAGCCCCUGGCUGCUCCAGAAGGAAAAAGGAGACCCUGGGUAUGAUGAUGUUGAACUAGGUGCCCUUGGAACAUCUACAGUGGCUUUCCCAUGA